AUGCACCUCGAUAAAUCUUCACCAAACACUGACCUUACAUUACUUUCGGCGAAUUAUACCGGAAGUUCCACAUAUAUGAAACUCACUGUCUUCCCGGAACAUAGUUUACUUGCGAACGAAUCCACCACCAUGGUUACCAAUCAAGAUACUAUCUAUAAAUACUUCUUCAACGAAUACCAUCAGGUUAUUGGUUCUUGCAAUGGAUUGUGCUGUUUGAUGCAACUUUCCUCCAACGCUGAGUAUCGAGAAUUUUCUUUUCGUUUAUGUAACCCUACCACGAGAUCAUUGUCUCACAAACUAGCCUCUUUUCGCAUUUCACUUGACCAUCCGGAUUCUCUUUUAAAAUUCUCUUUUGGUUAUGAUAAUUUAACCCGUAGUUAUAAGGUGGUGGCCUUCCGUCUCACCGAGAAUGGCGGUCUCUACUUGAAUAAUUGUCUUAUUUGGUAUGGCCAUUGCACUAGUCUUUUUAAUCCUCUUGAACAAUUUGUGAUUAUCUCUCUCGAUUUGGGGACGGAGAGAUGCACAGAGAUGAUGCCACCUCAGGGUUUUGAUGGCGAGAUGAGAGAGUUUGGAGUCCAAGAGUCUUGGAUUAAAUUGUUUAAUAUUAAUUUUCAAGAUAUUUUACGCAGCAUCUUUUCUUACUCGAGAUAUGAUCAGUUGUUGCGAUUACAUGUUCUUGAGAAUGGUAAUACAUUGAUAUUGGCAAAUGGUGAAGGUCAACGACUUACUAGUCCAACACUAUUUGCCAAUAUCAAUGUAUUACCAUUUUCAAGAACAUGUAAUGGAAACAGCCAGUUAUAUCCCAAGUCAGAGAAGGGGUCCUAA